AUGGAACGCUACUCCAAGGUCGGGCGUCGACGCCAUGCCAAAGUUGAUAUGAUUAUGUAUAAAGCGUCGACACCAUGGGCGAGCGUUGCGUCGGUCGCUUUCACACUCCAACACACUGUUGCUUACGCUACAUCAUCUCGCUCGACGAUGCCCGAGCACCAGGCUUCGAUAAGGCUUGUGUUCACGAUGAUGACGGGGAAGUCGAGGCUUAACAAACACUCGAAAGUGACCACAGUCUCCCUUCCUCAGUGUGUGUAUCGUGAUGUCGGAGAGUGA